AUACUGUUAAUCUAUAAUGUAAACAAUGUUUGUAGGGUCCUAAGUUGAUAUUGAAUUAUUAGUUAAACUCCCUGUUGUGUAGAUAAGAUUGAACGAUGAAACAGCGAUAUGGAUUGGCAGAUGAACCUCCCUACUUAGCUGUGGGCACUGAAGUUAGUGCUAAAUAUAAAGGUGCAUUUUGUGAAGCCAAAAUUAGAAAAGUUGUUCGAAGUGUUAAAUGCAAGGUUAUUUUUAAACAAGGCCUUGGGACAUUUACUGUUACUGAUGAUCAAAUCAGAGGACAAAUAAGGAAUGGUGUUGUAGUAGAAGCUCGACAUCCUGAAAAAAAAGAGUUUUUUGAAGCAACUAUAGCUAAAGUGCAGGAUUGUAGUCAAUAUACUGUUGUUUUUGAUGAUGGAGAUAUCACUACCCUUAGAAGAACUGCUUUAUGUUUAAAAAGUGGGAGACAUUUUGCUGAAAGUGAAACCUUAGAUCAACUUCCACUUACUCAUCCUGAACAUUUUAGCAAUCCUGUUAUUGGAGGAAGACGAGGAAGGAGAAAUCGAACAGGACUGGAAGAAAGUAGUGAAGAUGAGGAAGCAUUUCUACUUUUAAAAGAUUUUAGUGAUGAAAAGGAAGAAGAUAUUGGUCGAGUAGUUUGUGUAGAAGGAGCUGAAAAAAAGAAGCAAAAAGAUAACUGGUUUCCCGGUUUAGUUGUUGCUCCAACUGCACAAGAUACUGUUCCCAUUGAUACUAGAUUAGAAUAUCUUGUCAGAUCUUUUAAAGAUGGUCGAUAUUAUACUGUACCCAAAAAGGAAGCUUUAGAAUUUACAAGGGAAAUUGGCUUGAAAGUAGAAAAUAGUGCUUUGAAAGCAGCUGUUGAAAAGGCUUACCAGUUUUUAGAUAAGGAUGAAUUGCCUCCUCAUUGGGAUAGAGAUUCUUUAUUUGGUCUUACUGAAAAUAUGGCCACUGACAGUGAUGCUGGAUUUGAUUAUGAAAGUUCUGAUGAUGAACCAAGAGAAGAAAAAGACCAUUUUGUUGCUCAAUUAUACAAAUUUAUGGAUGAUAGUGGCACUCCUAUCAACAAGGGUCCCAUUAUUGGAUCUCAGGAUGUUGACUUAUAUCGAUUAUUCAAGAUCGUUCAAAAUCUUGGUGGUUUUAAUAGAGUUACUAACCAUAACAACUGGAAAAUAGUUUCCCAUAAAAUGGGUUUUGGCCAAAACCCAGUUACAACAAAUAUGGUGAAACAAACCUACAAGAAGUAUCUCUACAGCUUUGAAGAAUUUUAUCGCAAAUUGGGUUGCACUAUGGUUAAUCAUCCAAGAACUAGUAGGAAUCGUAAUAGAUCUAAUCGCAGUUUAAUUAGAGAUAAAGAUAAAACUAUCAAGACAGAACCUAAAAUUGAAUUCAAGGAUAAACAAGAUGAAGCCUCUUACGAUUCACAAAUUAUAUUUCCAACUCCAUUUAUAAAAGUUGAAGUCGAUGAAUCUAAUCAAGAAACUGGAGAGCCCUCAGGAAGUGUAAAACAAGAAAAAAAUGUUGCCAAGAAUUUAUUCAUAGAAGAACCUAAAAUUAAAACAGAACCUCCUGAUGACAAAGAUGUUAAGUCUGAAGUAAAGGAAAUUAAAAAGACUCCACGACAGAAAAAGAUAAGAACUUGUUUAAUUGAACAAAUGCCUGGUAAAACAGACAACAAUAAAACUGUGAACACUGGUAAGGAUAAAAAAAGACGUCUUUUUACAAGGGCUAAAAGAGAAAAAGAUAAAUCAUUUGUUGUUAAGAAAUCUCCCAUUCCACCAGGUACAAGACAAAAAAGAAUCAUUAAAGACAAAGAAAAAGUUCUUGGUGAUCAAUUUAAAGUGAAGCAGACGAAAAUGGCCACCUCUGUUCUAGGUCUUCCAGACCCAGAAAAAAUGGCGGGCAGCGCAGUUAUUCUCAAAGUUCUAGAUCCUUCAAAGAUAACAGUGCUUCAAAGUUUUGGACAGUUCAAUCAACAAAGUUAUGGACAUUCUGAAAGAAAUCAAGAAAUCCAAGAUUAUACUCCAACAUCCAAAAAACUUAAAGAUGAUUAUCUUCCUUCUAGAAACAAAAAAGAUGAUUCUGUCCCUGUCAUCUUAGAAGAAAAGAAGAAAGGGAGGAAACGUAAAGAAAAGGCAGAAGUUAUUGAUGAAAGUCUUGAUACCUUACCUACUUAUAAAACAGUCUCAGUUGGAGAUAAACUAAAAGUGUAUUAUGGGCCCAAACAUGAUUUGAAAGUUACAUAUGAAGCCAAGGUUUUAAACAUUCGUGAAGAAGGCUCUGAAGCCAUGUAUCUUGUGCAUUAUUAUGGUUGGAAUACGAGGUACGAUGAAUGGAUAAAGCAUUCAAGAGUAGCAGAUAAUAUGUCUUGGGUACCUGGUCGUCCUACUAAAAAAUCACAACAGACACCAAAGGGUGGAAGAAAACGAAGUGGUCAAGGAGCAAAGGCCAUAAAUGAUGUCAAUAUUAAAGUUGAACUAGAAAGUAAUGUAACUGAUCAGGAAUCUGCUGACCCUUGUAAUGAUGUGAAAUUGGAUAAUGUUACAUGCUCUAGUCCGCCUUUUUCAGAUAAAUUGAAGGGAACAAGAGCUGUUACCAGGGCAUCUAAUAAAAGAGUUGCUUCUGUGUCUGAAAAUGAAGAAUAUGAGAGUGACAAUAUUGACAUUGAAUCUGUUUAUCCAAAGAAAAAAGCUAAUUUAGUUGUAGAGCAAGAUGAGUUAGAUGUAAAUGAAAAAAGAGCAAAAAAAAGGAAAUCAAUUGAUAUUGAUGAAAAGGAACCUAAGUCUGACGAUGAAUGUGAUCAACUCCAACACCAAAAGCUUAAGAAAAAAAUGAUAAAAAAGGUUGAUUUAAUUGAAGAAUCAACUCCGGAGACACCGGUUCUUAAAGAAUGUGAUGAUAUAAAUGAAUUAUCUAGUAAUACUCCAGAAUCAAAUACUGUGUCCUGUGAUACACCUCAGAAGUUUGCAGGAUUUGAUGUGUCUUCUGAUGAAGAAAAUUUCCUUCUAAUUGCUGAGGAUGAAGGUGAAAUAGAGAAUGUUGAUAACAAGGAGGAUAAUAUUCUAACAGAAGUGUCGGAAAAGUUGAAAUUAUUGUCAGAUAAUCCUCCUAAAGGCCGUGAUUUUGAUUUAAAUCAGAUACGGUCAGAAUUAAAAGGUAUUGAAACAGCCGUGUCCAAUAUCACUCCAAAAAAUGAAGACGAAGAAAAUAUUGAUAUUGAUCCAGAAGUUGGAAUAGAUGUCUCUUUGAAACAUGAAGUUGAGGAUGUUUAUGAAUUCAAAGAACCGGAGCCUUUUGAGUUUGAAAGUCGAAAAAUAGCUGAUGAAAAGAAUAAGUUGCAACGUAGAACCCUGAAUAGAUAUUUAGAUGAAUCAAAACAUUCUCCACGCCGUAAAAAAAAAAUUAGUUCACCUAGUUACAGUUGUUCUAAGAAAAUAAAUUCUAAUGAUGACAGUGUUACAAAAGAAUUUGAAGCUUCAGAAAGUGAAUAUGGUGGAAUAGAAACAUGUGAAGAAGCUUUUGAUAAAAUAUGUGCUUCACCACUUCGAGCUGCUACUGAGGUAGUUCCUCUUUUUGAGGAACAAGUAGUUAAUGACCACGUUGAAGACAAUUUGGAUGAUGAUAGUCAAGAUAGACUGGUUAUAUCAGAAAGAUAUAGUGAUGACAGCAAUCUAAGUAAUACCAACCAAAAAGAUAACAGUGUAUAUCAUGAGGAAAUAAAAACCUCCUUUUUAGAAAUACAGAGAAACAAUCCCCAGCAGUAUGAACUUCAGAUUGAAACUGAUAAAGAAGAGACAAAAGAUCAUUUUAACAAAGAAGAUUGGAAGGAUGAAGUAGAAGAUGAAGCUCUUAAUGUUGCAAUCCAGCGUGCUAUUAAUCAAGAAUCAUCUGAUGAUACAAAUGAUGGUGAAAUUUUAAAAGUUCAUUCUGAAAAUACUAAGUUCGAUGUUGAUCAGUCAAAUAUUGAGCCAGAUAAUUCAUGUCUUAAGUCAUAUGAUAUUAAAUCUUCAACUUUUAAGUAUGAAUAUGAUUUUACUGAGCAGUCAGUAGAGGACUCUGCACGAGUUAAUGAAGAAAGUCCCAUUAUUUGUGAAAAAUCUGAAGAAGAAAUAGAAACUGAAGAAGUUGAAACAUCUCCAAAAUAUCUUACUUCUGAGUCGACGCCAAAAAAGGAAGACUUAUUUGCAACUGAAAGUAAAGAUGACUUGCCAUUGGAAACAUCUGAAGAAAUCACUAUGAAAGAAGAAGUUUAUGAAAAUCAGUUUCCUGAAGAAAAAACAAUUAUCGAGGAAAUACAACUAGAAGAAAAAUUUAAUUCAGACUCUAGUUUAAAGCAAGAUAAUAUUGAAGAAGAGGAAGAAGUAGAUGAUGAGGAGGAAGAGGAAGAGGAGGAACAAGAGGAACAAGAUGAACAGGAGGAAGAAGUUGAAGAUGAGGAUGAGGAAGAGCAAACUUUAAUAUCUCUUUUAUGUGAUGAAGAAAUUAUUCCUGGAAGCCCUAAUCCUCAUUCAGAUAUUCAGGAAGAAGAAGUCAAAGAUAUAUUAGUUAUUACUGAUGUUGAUAAUGAUGAAGAAAUUCCUCUCAGUGAAAAGCUCAAGGAAAAUAAUUGUUUAAACCAACAGAUUUCUGAAAAAGAAAUUACAGUAGAGGAUCAUUCUCCUCCUGCUUCUCCUGAUAGUAGUGUUUCUUCAUGUACAUCACCAUUACAGGAAAGAGAACUCUCUCCAUCGUCUGUAGCAGUUACUAUGAAAACCCGUGUCAAUGAUGAUUAUGAUGCUGAACCAGUUCCUUUAAAAACUAGAAAUUCUGAUGAAGUUGUACGUAUAGAAUCACGAAUGAAAAAGUCUGAAGGACGAGUUUCUGUGAAAAAGGGUAGACGUCCACGUAAAAGAUCUCAAGAAACUAGCAAGAAAAAGUAUAAAUCUAGUAGACAUCAUGGAAGUGAUAGUGAUGAUGCUUACGAUAGCCCAAGGAUAACUGCAUCUCGGGAAUCAUUACAGCGACCAUCACGAAGUGGAAAAUACAAUUUCACAAUCAAACAUGAUCCUGAUCUUGAUUCUAAUCAGAGGAUAGCUUUAAUUCAGCAAACAAUUCAGCAGUUGAGAAGAGCUUAUGCCGAUGUAAAAGCAGAGCUUGCUGUCAUAGAUCGUCGCAGAAAAAAGCUUAGAAGGAGAGAGCGUGAAAAUGCUGCUAACAGAUUCCAUUAGAAACCUGAGAGCAGUCAGAGGUAAAUAGGAAAAAAUCCUUUAACCUGAUGCCACCGAUUGUAAAGUUUUCAAAUAUACAACACACUUGAAACAAAUAUUACUAGCUUGAAACCAUAAUGAUGAGCCUGGAGUAGUUACAGAGAUUAUAUAUCACAGAUAUCAGUAAAAUUUACUUGGAAGAAGUGACAGGUGGACUCGAUUUAAAUACACUUUGAAAUUUUAUCAUUAAUGGGGUAAUGUUUUGAAUCACAUCCUUCAAUUGAUAAACGUCAAUGUCGCCCUAAUCAGUGAAACUGGACUAACCAGUAUAAGACAGUAUUUUAAUCAUUUUUUUUUUUUUUUUUUAUGUAAGGAGUUAAUGAAACGAUAAAAACUUAAACAAAUAACUUUAUUCCACAACAAAAAAAGAAUAAUCUCCAUAAUGCCAAUAUUACAUAUCAAAAAUAAAAUAACACAAUUAAAUAAUUAAUGGAUACAUUUUAAAAAACUAAACCUUUGAUUUAAAAGAGAAAGAUUGGGUGGGAUAGAGGGAAAGAUUAAGAGAGAUUCAAGAUAUAUGAGAAAAUGAUAAAUGUAAGUUAAAAUUGAAAAUAUACAACAAAGUUUGCAUACAAAAUACAAUUUAAUAGGAUACUUUAAUAAUUUGAGUAAUAGUUUAUAUUUGUUUGGAGAGGAAUAGAGCUAAUAACUACAAACAAUAUAAGGUAUAUUUACACAAGCAUAAGUACAGAUAUGUAUAAAUGGCAUCAUGGUAAGAUUUAUUAAAUUAUAGCUGAUAGUUAUUAUCACCCUAUUCUAUAUUUAUGCACAAAAAAAAGGUUUAUUGUCUCUAAAAAAGUAAACUAAAGCAAUGUGUUUAAAGCCAUUAAGAAAUGACACAAUAGUGGAUUUUUUUUUUAAUUUUUUUAUAUAAGGUUCAAAUAACUAUUUUUGAACAGAAAACUCUGUAUUUUAUUUUAUAGAAAUAUUUCCAAAUAAAUCUUAAAUAUAUACAAUAUAUUCAAAUUAAAACACCAUUAUUUUAUACAACUUUAGUUUCUAGGAUGGGAAUUUAUUUAUCUGUUAAAAUUGGGUAUUUCUAGAGAUAUUACAACUACCUUAACAUACAGUCAAAAUAACUGCCUAAUACUAACAUCAUAAAAUUAAUAAUACCUAUAAAGCAAAACUGGUGAGAAGUUUCAGUUUUGGCUUUUUGAUUAAACAUUUGAAACAGUAGGUAAUAACAAUGGAAUGUUCUAAUGACCAUUCAUAUCAGCAGUCAUAAAUAUUGUUUAAAAUAAUUACAAAAUACUGAAGCCAUUGGUUGACAUCAUUUUACUGAUUUUUAUCAAUGAUUUGGAUGAUAAAAAACUAAUUUAUAACAUGAUGAACCAUGAACUCCACUAGGGCAGUGAUUUUAUUUGUAAAUUGAAUUUCUAAUCAUUCUUGUCUGCGCAAGCCAAGUCAUAUGAACAUCCCUUCACCUUUUUUUUCCACUGUUAAUAACUUCUGAACCUUCUUAAUUCCUCAUUUUGCUGUACUACUAAAGUCUCUGAAAUUCUAUACAACAAUUAUAGAGGUAAUGUUCAAAUUUUUUAUAAACAUUAUAUAAUUUUUUUAAUAAUUAUUUAAACCUAAUCAUUUCAUAUUUUGAUACAAAAUCAUAAAGUAACUAUAACAACAGUCAAAGCUAUUCACAUAAAUUAAGAAAAAAAAAUGAGAUGCACUUUAUUUCUAAUGUUCUCACUACUUUCUCUUUUAUAAAAUAAACUAAAAAAAAAACACAUUAAAAAACAUACUGUAGCAGUUUACAAGAUUAAUAAGUUUAAAAAGGCAGACUUUUGAGAUUAAAAUACAAUUAUACUCAAGUUUAUGAGUAUGGCUAUUAAGUGAAUGUUACCUCACUUAACUACACUGAAAUAACUAAUAGCAUCUCAACAUAAUUUAAGUGAUGAAUAGGUUGAACUAUGACACAAGUACUUUUAGAAGGCAUGUGCUUUUUAAUAAUAAGUUUCUUGUUCAAGCCAACCUCCAGGAUUUCGGCGCAAGUAAAAUCUUCGAACUUCAUCAUAUACAAAGAUUGAGAUCAUGAAAGGAAUGGCUGGUAACCACCAAACAAAUC